CCUCAAACAUCUCGUCCAAUAAUAGAUCGCGAAUAAAGAAGUUUGACUCAGUCAUUGUUGAAGUAUGCCAUUUGAUGCCAAAACUACAUAUAGUCGGCAAGUAAGCUGCUUUGAAUUUGUCACAGGAUUGCAGAAAACAAAGAAUCGCGUGCAUAAGAUAAACGCUGCUUUUCGUUCUCUCGACACUCGCAUGGCGUCAUUGAUUGACCCGCGUCCCACGUUUCGGGUGUCCAGCCUGUCCGUUCUGGGAAUUCAUGAGCCACGAUCUUCGAGGAGAAAUUACGUUCCAAAUCAUUUCUAUUCUAGGUAUCCAAUCUCUUCAUUUCAGCGGCUGACCUCCGUGCUGGUGCUUCUCCUUUUUCGAUCUGAGGCUGGACUCGCACCCUUUGUCGCUACCGCAUAUUUAAGCCAUUUUGACCAGAAUCUGACAAGAUACACAGACACUACACUGUUGAUAUCGUCAGACAAGCCGCGUUUCCUCGUCGACCGUUUGUCCAAGUUCCUGAAAAGUGUCGCGGGACUAUUCUCCCCGAAGUUAAGGGGGUCAGAAUGACAUAAACCGUAAUCUCGCCGCGAUGCUUGGCGUGCACUCCAGAGGCCCCUUACGCGCGCUGAUUCGAUGAUCGCCUUAGAAAGGCCAGCGCGCUUAUUGUCAAACCGGCGUGUGCUUUUCCCUCCCUGACGCUCUCUCAUUUAACCUGGUCUAGAAGCUUACUUCCCGCGCUCGUUCGUGCCUUGCAAUCGGGAUGGGACCCUGGAUUAAUGCUUUGCUCCGGCGAUAGUUUGUCAAGUUAAUGGCUGGGUUUUCCACUUUUCUUGUCCAAGUGUUGGAAACCUUGCAAGUUUCUGGGGAUUAAUAUAUGGAGCUUGCCUGCAAUUGGACACGUACUGCCCAGCAUAUUAGGGUGCCCAUUUCAGCUGGCACGCCUGGCCCAAUACAUCAGCCACCUCCUGAAUUGAAUCAUAGGUGAUUCUGCGUUAUAUAACCAUUAUUACUAACGCUAUCGCUGAUGGCUACACAUAAUGCUCACAUGCAUUAUAACACCAGACUUAUGGAACCCGGGAUCCGACCGUCUCAUCUAGGGGAUGAGACCGUUGACCAUAUUUGGGAUCUCCUCUUCAAUUAAGUUCGCCAACGAGACCUUCGUCUGGCGUACAAAGCAU